GUCAGGAUUGUAGGUUCACAGGUUACUGCAGGGUCAUUUGUAUGAUUAGACAUUUCUUGUUUGUCCGAGGAGAAUAUGUCUGUCAUUCUUAGUAACAGUCAUGAAACGGAUAGUGGUGGUGCUCAUCCGCUUGGACCAGGUCACCACAAUGGCAUAGAGAACACAAGGGUUGACAACGUUGACAAUGACCAGAACGCAGUACAGACAGACUUGUCAAUCGCCAUCAACAAUGUCGUGUGCUCCUUCAGUGUACGCUGUCACUUAAAUCUAAGGAGGAUAGCUACAACGGGCGAGAACGUUGAAUAUAAACGAGAGAUGGGUCAUGUUGUAAUGAGAAUGAGAAGGCCGAGGGCCACAGCAACUAUUUGGUCGUCGGGUAAAGUAACAAUCGCAGGCCUGGAUAGUGAGGGCAACGCAAAAAUUUCAGCCAGAAGAUGUUCAAGGAAGUUGCAGAGACUAGGUUUUAAGGUUCGAUUAUGCAAUUACAGGGUCGUUAAUGUCUUAGGUACUUGUAGCCUACCAUUUGGUGUCCGUCUACCCGAGUUUUCAAUGUCACAUCCGAAAGAAGCAAGUUAUGAACCUGAAUUACAUCCAGCAGUGACUUACAAGAUUAAACCUAUCAAGGCUACACUUAAAAUCUUCUCAACUGGAAGUAUUACGGUAACAGCUCCAUCGGUUGCUAACAUACAGAAAGCUGUUGAAGACAUAUACCCCCUUGUUGAGGAACACAAAAUGCCUAAACCAGUGCGUACUGCCAAAAAAAAUUCCAACAACAUGCCACAGGGAUUAAAUUCACGUGAAAUAGACGUUGAUGAUGAAUCAAGUGACAGUAUUGAUGAUCACGAUAGUGAUAGCGAAGACUGAAAAGGAAUUAGAUAUUAUAAUUUAACAAAUAUAAAACAGUGGACAAUUCAGCUUGGAGAAAGUAAAAAUCUGUUUUUGUAAUGAUUUUUUUCAGGGAAAUCAUUUGAAACAGUUAUUUUCUUGGUUAUUAAAGAGGAUGAAUUUGUACUGAUUCGUAUGGUCAGCAAAAUGGGCAAUAAUUCAACAGGUUAAACAUUAUAGAUAGUAAUGAGCAUUGAUAAACAGAAAACAUAAUAAUAAUAAUUGAUUUCUGGUUAUCAAUGGUCAAAGGUUAGUAGAGAAUGUUUCUUAUAUAGUGUCAAAUGAAUAUUUUCAGUGAUAUUAUUAUUAUUAUUAUCAUUAUUAUUAUUAUUAUUAUUAUUAUUAUUAUUAUUAUUGUUGUUAUUCAAAUUUCAUAAGGUUUCAUUCAAUUCAAGUACAUUUAUUUCUAUUUCAUAAAAAUGUUCAUUGAUAAACAGAAGAUGUUAUGUGUGCUUGAAAGUAUUUCAAAAGUUUUUUAUUUAUGUGCCUUGGUGGGAUGCAUAGGUACUAAUUGGUAUAUUAUUAAAACACCUGAAAUCCAAUCUGAAAUACAUUCAAAAGUUAUGUAUAAGAUUAAUACCGUAAGACCUCAAAUAGAAUCCCUGGGCUUCUGUUUUUUUUUUUUGGUGGGUGUGGGGGGGGGGGGGGGGGGGUUUGUAAACUUUGAAUGGGCUUCUUUUCAAGGCUAGUUUUGCAAAGUAUAGAGGUUUGGCUUCUUUUCAAAUGAAUGCUGUAAAUUUUGGUAAUUACUAAUAUAAAACAAUAAAUAGGGCCACUGGAACAUCAGUCUAUAUCAUGUAGUGGAUUAACCUAAACUACUGUUUAAACAAAGCAUGUUUUUAAUUUAUUUUGUUUCUUUGAAAUUCAUGUACAGUGUAUGUACUGUACUAUUUCGAAAAGCCCAUGUUAUCUUGGAAAGAAACCCAUAUGCUUCUUUUCAAGGCUACUUUUGUAAACUAAAGAGGGAGCUUCAAUUCUAGAUGAGCUUCUUCUCGAGAUUAAGUCCAUUGGGCUUCUAUUCAAGGUUUUACGGUAUUUCAAGAUAAGAUCAACAUUCGGAAAGUAAAUGAGAGCUUUUGAUGAACACUAGUUUUUUUUUAUCAGUGGUAACUGAUACAUUAUAACAGAUAUUUUUGAAGAACUAGCGUUGUUCAACUAAUUUGCAUAAAGCUUUGUCGUCACUAUUAAAUUUUGUAUGAUAAAUUUGUGUGAUAUGCCCAUAUAUGAGCAUGGUGAUGUCAAAUAUGGGCAUAAUCACAUUUUUCAGGAAUUUUUUUUACACUCACAAAUUCUGCUUUAACAUAUUUUUGUUCCAUGUACGUUCCAUGUAUUAUAAAUUAUGGUGUUUAUCUGAGACAAACAUGCAGCUUUUUGAAGUCCAGACUAUCAAAUUUUAUUUGACAAAAACAUGUGACUUACCUAACUAUGGUCAUGAUGACAUUACAUCAUGACCAUUUAUAGGCACAGCAUGACCAUAUAUAGGCACAGUAUGACCAUAUAUAGGCAUAUCAUGACUGUAUAUGGGCACAUCAUGACUGUAUGGGCAUACAACAGUUUGUUGUCAAAGAAAAUUUGAUAGUCAAGAGAGCUUAAGGGAAGAUUUGAUAUUCUCCAGAAAAUGAGUGUAAUAUAUUUUAAGGUAUAUUUCAUUUUCUACUUAAAGAAUCCAAGUUUUGGCUACCGUAUGCUAAUGAACUAUCUGUUAACGUACAUUACAUUCAUGUUCAAAAUUACAUCCUGUUAUUUUAUAUCUAACUGCCACCGAAACUUACCACUAUUUGUUGAAAGUUAAAAUCAAAUUUGAUUUUUAGUAAGUUGUGAAAAAUUUCAUAAUUUAUCUGGUAUUUUAUUUAUUAGAUUUCCUAUGCAGUACCUUUAGUUUAGUACUUGUAUAUCCACAUACACACAGGUGUGAACUAAAUAUAUAACUAUAAUACAUUGUUAUAUAUAUGGUUAGUUACAAAUAGGUGUAUAUAGAUCAAAUAUAUAUCGACAUGGAUUACAGUAUCCACAUGUCACAUUCACCAAUAUUCUGGUUGUUGUUUAAGUGGGUGUCCAGUUUUACGCUUCUCAAAAUGGUGCCAAUUUAGAUAUGUUGAUGGUUUGAGAGUCGAUAAGCACCUCAGCCCCACCAUGGAUGGGGCUGAGGUGAAAACAUUUUAAGGUUGGAGGCCUCCUAGAUCCCCAGAAAUAUCAAUAGGGAGGCUACAUCUUCAAAUUAUUAGUCAAUCGCCCUCCAAAGUGUAUUUUCCACAUCAUUGACCAUCUGCAUUUUAUAUGAAUAAACGAUCAUAUUCAACUCGUAUAUUUAUUGUAAAAUAUGUUUUCAGAAAGAAUGACGAUAAUGAAUAUGACAUAUUUGUUAUCGUUUUUGUAAGCUUGCCCUAUCACCAUGGGAUAGAUGCAUUUGUUUUCAUCUACAGUAUUUGAAAGUUACUGAUUAUUCCUAUUAUCUUGGCAAUUUAAUCAAUUAUUUUUUAUAUGUUCCUGAUAUCUCGCUGUCCAAGAUAUGGAACACAGGGUCCAUUUGUUUGGGCUGCUGUCCGUGGUUGAGAACCAGGGAACGCAUGCAUUUUUACAGGUGGUUAUUGUACAGUUGAGGGUUUGUUUUUAUGUUGCAUCGUAUGGAUUUAGAUGCUAUACCUUUGAAGAAUGCUCUUCCUAAGAUCACUUCUGUUAUAUUCUUUGAUCUACAAUCGUAAUAUUUGCCAAGUUGUAAGUCCAACUUCAUUUUAUUAGCAGACACAUGUGCACGCAUGUAUAAACAAUGUUUUUUUUAAUGUAUUCUGUGUAUAAUAUGUAUAAAUUUUCAUGUCCUUUUUUCUUUCUCUGCCUGUAUGUGAAUAGGUAUACUAUAGAUUUAUGAUGAUGACGUCACUAUUUUGUUAACAUUUUUAUGUUCGAAGUUACCUAUUGCUUAUAAAAAAUUCUAAAAUACAUUCUCGUGGGAUGGAUUUGAGAUUAAAGAUGAUAUACUGUUAUUUUUGCCAGGUAUUUUUUCCUGUUGCAACAUGUUGACUAGGCAUAUAUGAUUUCUAAUUUGAACAGGUUUACGUGAUAAAACAGACUUAUUUAUGUGUCUGGGUUUUCAUCAGAUAAUAUAAAUGAAAAUGUUAUGAAAUUGUAAUGAACAAAAGCGAGAGGGUAACUGCGAUCAUCUCAGAUUGUAUAGUUUCUAUGCUUAUUACGAUUUAAUUUGUUUUCUGCGUUUCGUAAAUAAAACGAAAGAAAGUGAAUAAUUUUUAAUGGA